UCUCUACGAAGAAACAACAGAAAAACCCUUUCCUCAAAAUCACCAGUUUGCCACUGCUCGAAGCUCUUCGGCAGACCGCGAGUCCAACCGACCAAUCUCCACCUCCACGUCGACUCUCUCCGUGUCUCCGUCGCCGUCGCCGGAAAAGGUUGAUGAAGUAUCUCAAUUUAUUCCCUUUUCUUCCUCCAAUCGAGUUUAAGGGCCGUUUGAUUUUGUACUUAAAUGGCUGUUGUGUAUCAGCGUAGCACAUUUGCUCAUCAAUAUGAAGUACAUGAAGCCAUACAACUUAUUUCAAGAAUUGCUCAAGUCAAAUACACUUGCAAGUAGUCGUUUUCUUGGAUUGGAUGUGGGCGAUAAGUAUGUUGGUCUUGCUGUUUCGGAUUCAACCAAUAAAGUUGCAUCACCUCUCGCUGUUCUCGUCCGCAAGAAAACAAAUAUCGACUUGAUGGCCAAAGAUUUCCAGAGUCUGGUUUCUGAACUUUCCUUGGGGGCCUUUGUUUUCGGCUAUCCGUUUGAUAGACAGAAGAUGAGUCGAGAUGCUGUGCAAGUUAAGUUUCUCAUUGACGACCUUUGUCGGACGGGGGAACUUAGAGGUGUAAAGUACACAUUUUGGGAUGAAUGUUUCACAUCUAAGAAUGUUGAACUGUUACUACAACCUUUAAAGUUGCACCCAGCACAGACGAAGACGAUGUUAGACAAAUUUGCUGCAGUCGGAAUACUUCAGGGGUACUUGGACUUUGUUAACAGGAAACAUGCCUCGACGCCUGAUAAAAACUCUUCUGAGGAUGGUUCCUAAUACAACCUACAUCUGAUUACAUUAAUUCCUUCAAAAGAUGGAUGUGUAACAUUGUACUUAUAUAUACUAACAUUGAAAUAAUGAGUUGUAGGUUAGUGUAUUUUGUUAAAUAUUUAUCCUGUGUAUAAAUUGUGACACUGUAUUCAAGAGCAAGACUGUAAUUGUAUGGACCACAGCGUGUGGUUCUUUGUUGAGAGAAUCUCUUGACAUCUUAACCA